CUUCCAUGUACAGUAUUGUCACAACUACCCAAUCUAAUAAUAUUUAAUAUAUAUCUAAUUUUAAUAAAUUAGUGAUACAUUUAAAAUUUGGAUUGUGGAAGUGCUCUAUUUUUAAUUAUAUGAAUACAAAAAAACUUUAUUAAAGAAAUGCUUAUACGAAGGUAUAAUUGAAGAAAAUACUUAGGUAUUUAAUAAAAAAAGGUGUUAAAUCUCUCAUCAUGUUUAAAACGUAAACAAUGUUUACAACAAUUUAGUGUAACAAAUUAGGAGUAUUUCAAUCAUGUCACAGCAGUGGACACCUCUGAUCGUACCUCAACAUAACCACCAGAAAUAUAAAAUCAUAUUUAUAAGUAUACUAUGUGCGGCCGUUUUUACAUAUUAUAUUUAUUUGACAACGUAUUUUAACGCUUGCAACCAUAAACAAUUGACUAUCAAUCCCAAAACAUAUUAUAUUUUGCAAUGGACGACAGGAAAAAGAUCACCAUUCUACCAUAUGGGCACAGGACCAAGUAAGUUCAUUGAAAUGAAAUGCCCGCAUCAAAACUGUUACGUUACUGACAACAGAAGUUAUUUAUCUGACUUAAAAGAUUUCGACGCAAUAGUGUUUAACGGGAACGACGUAAUAAAUAUGAAUCAAGACCAAUUGCCCCAAGAGAGAUCGCCUUUACAAAAGUUUGUAUUCGGAGCUACAGAAUCGGCUCCUAAUAAAAUGGCCUGCAAUCCUAUCAUGGAGAACUUAUUUAACUGGACUUGGACUUACAAACUUGAUUCAGACGUUCGAUGGUCUUACAUUUUAAUUUAUAACUCUGACGGUGACGAAAUAGGCCCAAAACCAAACAUGGAAUGGCCUAUGGAGAUGGAACCCAUUCAAGAUGAAGAAACAACAUUUAUAUUAGAUGGCAAGUCGAAGGCGGCCGCAUGGUUUGUAACUCACUGUAAAACAUUAGGAAAAAGAGAGGACUUUGUUAAUAAAGUCAAGCCAGAGCUAUCCAAAUUAAAUCUAACGUUGGAUGUGUACGGGAAAUGUGGAGAUUUGGACUGCCCAAGAAGCAAGUCAGAUGAAUGUUAUGAUAUGGUGAAGAAAGACUAUUAUUUCUACUUCUCAUUUGAGAAUUCUUUCGCGACGGAUUACGUGACGGAGAAACUCCUGACCGCACUGAAUAAUUUCGCCAUUCCUGUUGUUUAUGGCGGCGCAGAUUAUUCGCGGUUUCUACCUCCGGGCAGCUACAUAAACGCGCGCGAGCUUGACCCUGAGCUACUAGCGAGCACAAUGAAGGAUAUAAUCGAGAACAGAACCAGAUUUUAUGAUUAUUUCCGGUGGCGGAACCACUUCCGGUAUAAACGAGGAGAAAACGAUUCUGAAAUUUGUAAUAUUUGUACUGCACUGAAUGAAGGCAAAGCGUAUAAUAUAAAUCUUCGCGACGGAUUUAGAGAGUGGUGGAAUGAAGAAUAUAAUAAAAGAUGUAAAAAUUAAGUUAUCAACUAUGG